AUGCUGCAUUCUCUCAACGACAAACAACUCCAUGUUUACACAGCAGGUAUCAACUCAGUGCACAACAAUAUCGGAACUCCAUUUUUCUUAUAUGGUCAUGGUGGUACGGGAAAUACAUAUGUGUAUAACGCAAUUAUAGCAAGGCUGAGAAGUCAGGGCAAAAUUUUUAUUUUGGUUGCCUCAUCUGGAAUCGCAGCAACAUUGCUACCUAAUGCAACCACAACACAUUCCAGGUUCAAAAUUCCACUAAUCUUGGAUGCAACAUCAACAUGCCCAAUUAAACAUGGAACAUACUUAGCUGAGCUUGUGGCACUCGCUUCUCUCAUAAUAUGGGAUGAAGCACCCAUGACGCACCGAAAUGCUUUUGAGGCAGUAGAACGUACUUUAUGCGACAUUAUGGGUGUUCCAUUGAAUGGACCGCGGUAUAAGCCAUUUGGUGGCAAAACCAUUCUUUUUGGUGGAGAUUUUCGACAAACACUCCCGGUCAUAACUGAGGCUGGGCGUGAGCAAACAGUCGAUGGGUAUCUAAGAAGAUCAUCUCUAUGGAGUUCUUUUGCACUCAUGCAUCUAUCUGCAAACAUGAGAAUAGCAGGUUCUUUGCCUAAUGAAAGGCAGCAGCUACAUGGUUACACAUUUUCGGAAUGGGUCUUGGCUUUGGGAAAUGGCCAGCUUAAAACAGAGGCCUUCAAGGAAGAUUCUCCAGCUGAUUGGAUACAAAUACCUGAGUUGUUUCUUAUACAACAUGAGGGAAAUCACAUUGAAGCAAUUGCAGAGAAUAUAUAUGAAUCAUUUGACACCAACUAUAGGCACCCAGCAUAUCUAAAAAAUAGGGCAAUAGUUGCACCAAGGAAUGCAACCGUGUCUCAGAUUAAUGAUUAUAUGAUGCAAAGGGUUCCUGGUGAUUCAAAGACGUAUUAUAGUUCUGAUUCAUUGCUGCAAUCCACAGACACAUCAUCUACAUUUGAUGAAUGCUACCCAACUGAGUUUCUCAACACACUUACAUUCAAUGGAGUGCCAAACCAUGAAGUUACAUUGAAGAAAAACACUCCAGUCAUGCUGCUGCGAAACUUGAACCCAGCUUUGGGUCUUUGCAACGGUACAAGGAUUAUGAUCACUGUGUUGGGUGACAAUUUCAUAAAGGGCAACAUCAUGGGAGGUUCUUAUGACACCGACGAAGUCAUAAUUCCAAGAAUUGUUCUCAAUGUAGAAAACUCAAAGUGGCCGUUUAUACUCAAAAGGCGUCAGUUCCCAGUUCGCACAUGUUAUGCAAUGACAAUAAAUAAGAGCCAAGGACAGACGCUUGGCAAAGUCGGAAUCUAUUUGCCAGAACUAGUAUUUAGCCAUGGACAGCUAUACGUGGGAGUUUCAAGGGUACGAUCAGCAACAGGUUUGCGAAUGCUAAUAGAGAAUCCAGCAGAAAUUCCAAACAACUAUACAAGAAACAUUGUGUUUGCAGAGGCAUUCAGUGAUAUCCUCACUGGCUAA